AUGAGGAAAAUCUGCUCCGGGAUGAUGAUUUCCACUCCUAGGACGAUCUCCAAGCUUGAUUUGAUGAAACCCAGCUCCAAGAUGGCUUCUAGGGUUGGCACGGCCGUGUUUGAUUUCCAUCUGCCCGUGUCUGCUCACGGCAAAAGUCACACGGCCAGAUCACUUCGUCACACGGCCGUGUGCAUUGUCAGGGCAGGCCGUGUUUGCUCUCGGCAAAACUCGCACGGCCAGAAAUAUGAGUUGCACGGCCGUGUGAUUUGUGGGUGUGCCCGUGUGGCCUCCUUUGUGACUUGCCUCGCGCCCGAUCUUCGUCCAAUCGACCCCAAACUCGCUCCCGAGUCUCCAUUCACGUACUAG